UUAUACGUCAUAGCGUGACGCAGGGGGUCAGUCCGCCUAGAAGUUUUGGGAUCCGCGCGGAGGUUAACCGGAAGCGGGGUGCGUGUUAUUUACUCAUUAACCCCGGCGAAACGGGUAACCGACUUGUGUUACUGACUUACUAACUUGAAAAAGGUUUUUGUUCUGUGGCUGAUCCCAAGAUGAGCAGUUCGGAAGAGGUGUCCUGGAUAUCCUGGUUCUGUGGUUUGAGAGGGAAUGAGUUCUUCUGUGAGGUGGAUGAAGAUUACAUUCAAGAUAAAUUUAACCUGACGGGGCUUAAUGAGCAAGUUCCACACUAUCGCCAAGCUUUGGACAUGAUCCUGGACCUUGAGCCUGAUGAGGAGCUGGAGGACAAUCCCAAUCAGAGCGACCUGAUUGAGCAAGCCGCAGAAAUGCUGUACGGGCUGAUCCAUGCUCGCUACAUCCUCACAAACAGAGGCAUUGCACAAAUGCUGGAGAAGUACCAGCAGGGAGAUUUCGGCUACUGUCCAAGAGUUUACUGUGAGAACCAGCCAAUGCUACCUAUUGGGCUGUCGGAUAUCCCCGGGGAAGCCAUGGUGAAGUUGUAUUGUCCCAAGUGCAUGGAUGUGUACACGCCCAAGUCCUCGCGACACCACCACACAGACGGGGCCUACUUUGGCACGGGCUUCCCCCACAUGCUGUUCAUGGUGCACCCAGAGUAUCGGCCCAAACGCCCUGCCAACCAGUUUGUGCCCAGACUCUAUGGGUUCAAGAUCCACCCCAUGGCUUAUCAGCUGCAGCUGCAGGCAGCCUCCAGCUUCAAGAGCCCCGUCAAGGCCGUCCGCUAGAGCCCAGUGGAGGAAGUGGGAGAGGCGCCUGAUACGUGCUGAUGCCUGCUUUGAUAAAGCGUAUAUUUUAUGGUUCAUAUUAUGUAGGUAGUGAUGGACAUGUACAAAUGUGGAUGCGCACUGAGGGAUGCACGAAUACACACAGAUAUAUGUAUACAUAGACAUACAAUCAAAACUGAAUUAGAGGUUUCAGCCAAAACAUGUUUGUCUCUGGUUUUGAAACUGUCUAGGCCUGUACUUAUUUCCUCAGCCCAGAGCUGACUUUCUUACCCUGUCUUUUCCAGUUUUUAGCUAUUGAGUGGGGAAGAACUAUUUCAAUAGCAAAACUGUAUGGAAAAGCAGUCCUGCCUGGGACGGUUUGAAUUAAUUUUUACAGACAUCUAAUGUAAAGGCAAAGAUCAAUUGUAAAUGUAGAAGUGGUUUUUAAAUGUAAUACUGGAAUUGUACAGUAAGGUGAGAGGACGGUCUUACUGGGCCUGUUAUUCCGCCAUUCAGAAAUGGGGAAAAUCUGCUGAGCGAUUUAGGAUAACUGUGCUGUGCACUGGUUCAACUUCACUCUACUCUGUACCUCUUCAACAGGGACAUUCACUACUGCAUUUUCUGGUUGAAUAAUUAAUGUAAAGUAUAUUAAGGGAAAAAAGUGAAAUAUUAGUAAAUUUCAUAUGAAUGCUCUAGAUUUGUGGUUCCAGUGUAACCUCUGUGUUUCUGUCAUUUUUCAAUUGGGAGAGUAACUUUUUAAUGUUUUACUAUUGUGAUGGUAGAAACUAUUGUUAUGUUUUCCCCCAAUUGUGUGAUGGUGGCCAGGAUUCAAAAUUCACAAUAAAUUGAUUUUCAGUUA